AUGGGAUGUUGUUGCUCUAGACGCUAUUUUGAAGCGGAAGCUGGUGAUGCUAUUAAAUACCGUCUUAUCCAUGGUAGACGAUACCAUAAUCUUUCGAAUUCAAUGUAUUUUGUCGCAAAUGAUGAUGAAGAAGCUUAUCGUUUAAGUAGAUAUCAUGAUGCAAUAAAAGAUAUUUGGGGAGGGCUGUUUAAUUCACCUGUUGAAGAGAAAUUGAGACAAGGGACUCGUGUUAUUGAUAUUGGAUGUGGGUCUGGAAUUUGGAUUUUGGAUUUGGCACAACAAUAUCCUAAUUCAAAUUUCGUAGGAAUAGACAUAUCUCCGAUUCUUCCAACAGAGGGUCUUCCGCCAAAUGCUAAGUUUGUUCAGUAUAAUGUGUUAGAUGGAUUACCAUUUGAGGAUUCGUCUUUCGAUCUAGUUCACUUGAAAUUCAUGGUUGGUGCUAUUACGGAAACACAAUGGGAAGAGAAAGUUAUUCCAGAAAUGAUAAGAUUAGCACGUCCAGAUGGAUGGAUCGAGAGCUUAGAAUGUGAUCUUAUUACAUCUAAUGGAAGCGUUACAAAAAGAGUUGCAAAAGCUUUCCAUGUUUUUAUGACAUCGAAGGGAUUGAACCCUGCAAUUGGAAAAGAAAUCCCGCGACUUUUUGAAAACACAAACGCUUUUUCAGAAAUCAGAAAAGAACAUAAAGUUCUAAAUCUUGGUAAAAAACAUGGUAAAUCUGCGGAAGAGUCUCUAAAAUUUUAUAUUGGUGGUCUCAAGUCUUCUAAAGGUUUUUUGGCGAACUCAAUGAAUGUAAUGCCCGAACAUUAUGAUGCUCUCAUAGAAACAGUAACUAUUGAGGCAGAAAAAUAUUCUACUUAUUUUAAUCAAUAUCGAGUUUGUGCUCGUAAGAAGAUUUGA